UUUCUAGCUUUCUGCGGGCGUGCUAGAACUGGCCGCCCUAGGAGCCGCGGCCGCGCUGCCGCUGCUUAAAGGGUGAAAGGUUCAGCGCUGUAGGGAAAAGCGUUCAACAUGUGUCCAGCAUCGGUGGAACAGCUGAAGGUGGAGGCGGGAUCGGCUCCCGCCGACUCCGCGCAGAAUCGGGAUUGUGGGAAUCAACAGGUGCCUCUGCGACUGCUGAGCGGCUCUCCGUCGCUUCACAACCACACCGGCGAUCCGGGGCGCUAUGGCAGUCAGCCGCACAUGCCCUCCUCGCACCCGGACUCGCCCGCCUCGCCAAACUUUCGGGCGCAGCAGUCACCGCAGCCGCUGCGACAGCUACCGGCGAAAGCCUGUGAAGCUUCACCCGAGCUGGAGCAAGCCGUCUGCGACGUGGGCACAGCUGCAGCUUAUGGCGCCGCCGCUGCUACUGCUACUGCCGCAGCCGAGAGCGGGCGGCAGAAAGACGACGGGGCGGCAGUAGCCGGCGCCACUGCCUGCUUCAACCCUAGCCUGCCCGCCCCACCGCUGCACGCAUAUGACUCCCUAACCCUAGCUCAAUCUAACAGCAAUCGACAGCAGCAGCUGCAGGCGCAGCACCAGCAGCAGUUAGAGCAGUUACUGGCACUGCAGCAGCAGUACCAGCAGCAGCAGCCGGCUGCGGUUUCUGUGGGGCAGGCAAUGCCGCUCCUGGCGGCGGCGGCGGCCGCGGCGGCGGCGGCGCCGGUUGCAACGUUGCCGUACAUGCAGUGGGGGCAUGCCGUACUGCCUGCCGUGGAUGCCCCGGCGGCGCCUGCCGGCGGCGGCGGCGCCGGGGCGAGGCCGGCAGGCGGGACGAGCACGCUGCCUGGCGUGCUCACGCCUGAGGCCGGCGGCGUCGCGCUGUCGCCUUUCAGCCCAAUGGCGAUGGGUACACCUCAUGCGGCGGCGGUGGCGCCGGCGGGCGCGGCGGGUGCGGCUGGUGUUGCUGCGUCGCCGUUUGCGGCGGCGCAGGCUCCGUCCACUCACAUGCACGUGAACGUGCAGGGGCAAGGGCAGAACCCGGGGCAGCAGGUCCUGGCGGAGUUGGGGCAUGCGGGCGCGAUGGCUGUGUCACAGGUUUUGGACAUGCAGCAGCGGCUGCUGCAGCAGGUCUCAGUGGCGCAGCUGCAACAGCCGCUGCUGUAUGUGCAGCCGACACAGCAGCAGCAGCAGCAGCAGUCCAUCCCCUUCCCCCAGCUUGCGCACCAACUCGGCCCCUCGACACUCUUGCCACAGCCGCAACAGCUACAGCUACAGCCGCAGCAGCUGCACCCACAGCCGCCGGCCGCCACCGGCGCGGCGGCGCCGCCGGCGACAUCCAUGCCGGCCGGCGCCCUGGCCCUAGCCGCCGCCGCGGCGCCUGCCGCCGCCGCGGACGCGGACGCGGCGGCGGCGGCGCAGUGCCGGCUCGCGGCGGUGCUGCGGGCUGGCGGCAAGCCGGCGGAGGCGGUGGCGCUGUUGGAUGUGGUGUUGGCUCAGCAGCCGGCGCGGGUGGAGGCGCUGUUCCAGCGGGCGGCGUGUCAGCAAGCGCUGGGGCAGGUGCACGAGGCCCAGGCCACCUACCUGCGCGCUCUGGCGGCGGCGCCCGACCACACGCCCAGCCUGACGGCGCUGGGGGCGCUGUACCAGGCGCAGGGGCUGCUGGGGGAGGCGGUUGCGGCAUACCAGCGCGCGCACGAGCUGCGGCCGGCCGACGGCGCCAUCCGGGAGGGGCUGGCGGUGGUGCUCACGGACCAGGGCACCAAGCUCAAGAACGCGGGCGCGCCUGUGUCGGAGGCGGUGUCGCGCUACCAGGCCGCCGCCGCGCUGUGCCCCUGCUACGCGCCGGCGCUGUACAACCUGGGUGUGGUGGCGGGCGAGUUGCGCCAGGCGGACGCAGCGGUGGAGUACUACCGGGCGGCCAUUGCCGCGGAGCCGCGGUACGCACAGGCGCACUGCAACCUGGGCGUGCUGCUGCGGGAGCGUGGGCGGUUGCCGGAGGCGGUGGCGGCGUAUGAGGCGGCCCUGGCGGCGGCGCCCAACUUCACCAUCGUGCGCAACAACCUGGCCAUCGCCCUGACGGACCUGGGCACGCACGUGAAGAAUGAGGGGCGGCUGCAGGAGGGCAUCGCGCUGUACGAACGCGCGCUGUCGUACGCGCCACGCCACGCCGACGCGCUGUACAACCUGGGGGUGGCGUACGGCGAGAAGGGCGACCUGCAGCGAGCCGCGUUCAUGUACGAGAUGGCGCUCGCCUUCAACCCCGCCUGCGCCGAGGCCCACAACAACCUGGGCGUGAUCUGGAAGGAGCGCGACAACGUGGACAAGGCCGUGGAGUGCUACAGCGCCGCGCUGGCCAUCCGCCCCCACUUCCCGCAGUCGCUCAACAACCUGGGGGUGGUGCUGACGGCGCAGGGCCGCGCGGCGGAGGCGCUGGCGCUGCUGUCGGCGGCGGUGGCGGCGUCGCCCGCGUACACGGAGGCCCACAACAACCUGGGUGUGCUACAGCGCGACGUGGGCUGCAUACCCGAGGCCCUGGCCAGCUACAGCCGCUGCCUGGAGCUGGACCCCCGCUGCCGCAACGCCGGCCAGAACCGGCUGCUGGCACUCAACUACAUCUACCCGGGCGAGAGCGAGCUGGUUUGCUCCGCGCACCGCGAGUGGGGCGAACGCUUCCAAGCCGACAUCUCGCCUCUGCCGCCGCUGCCGCCGGGCGCCCACAGCUGGGACCCCGAGCGGCCGUUGCGUGUGGGCUACAUCUCCCCCGACCUGUUCACACACAGUGUGUCGUACUUCGCGGAGGCGCCGCUGUCGCACCACUCCCCCGCGCGUGGCUUCACGCACAUUGUGUACAGCUGUGUGCCUAAACCCGACGCCAAGACGCUGCGGCUGCGGGCCGCCACGGAGGCGGCGGGCGGCGUGUGGCGGGAGGUGGCGGGCCUCUCGGAGGCGGAGCUGGCGGCGGCGGUGCGGGCGGACGGCGUGGACCUGCUGCUGGAGCUGACGGGCCACACCGCCAACAACCGGCUGGGCGUGCUGGCUCGGCGGCCCGCCCCGCUGCAGGCCACCUGGAUCGGCUACCCCAACUCCACCGGCCUGGCCGCCGUGGACUACCGCCUCACGGACGCCGUGUGCGACCCGUACGACACACAGCAGACGUUUGUGGAGGAGCUGGUGCGUCUGCCCGGCUGCUUCCUGUGCUACACGCCCGCGGCGGACGCGCCGCCGGUGGCGCCGCCGCCCUGCCUGCACAACGGCUACAUCACCUUUGGCUCCUUCAACAACCUAGCCAAGAUCACGCCGCAGGUGCUGCGCGUGUGGGCUGCCAUCCUGGCCGCGGUGCCUCGCUCCCGCCUGGUGCUGAAGAACAAGCCGUUCGCCUGCGAGGCCGCCCGCAGCCACCUGCUGCGCCAGCUGGCGGCUCUGGGUGUGGAGGGCUGGCGGGUGGACCUGCUGCCGCUGGCGCCGGGCAACUCGCAGCACCUGUCGCAGUAUGCGCUGAUGGACAUUUCGCUGGACCCGUUUCCCUACGCGGGCACCACCACCACCACCGAGUCCCUCUACAUGGGUGUGCCCACCCUCACGCUCGCCGGCCGCUGCCACGCCCACAACGUCGGCGUAAGCCUCCUCACAGCCGUGGGACUGCACCCCCUGCCGCCGUGCGGCGGCGCAGGCAGUGGCGGCGGCGCCGGCGGCAGCCCUGGGAGCAGCGGCGGCGGCGGCACCGGCGGCUCCGGCGCCGGCCGCAGCGGAGCGCCAGGUCUGUUGCCAAGCGGCGGCAGUCUAGAUGUCAGUAGCGGCGGCGGAGGCGGCGGAGGCGGAGGAGGAGGAGGAGGAGGAGGAGGAGGAGGAGGAGGAGGAGGAGGAGGAGGAGGAGGAGGGGGAGGGGGAGGAGGCGCGUCCGCAUGCCCCACGCUUCCGGCGUCGCCGGCGGGCUCGGGCUCGAGCUCCCCACACACACACUCCCAAGCCGGCAGCCCUGUGCUCCAGGCAUCCGGGCAGCAGGCAAGCGCGCCGGAGGCGACCACGCGCCAGCAGCAGCAGCAGCAGCAGCAGCACGCCGGCAGUAGCAGCCCGGGCGGCUGUAGCGGCGGCGGUAGCGGCAGCGGCUGUGGCGGCGGCGGGGGUGUGGGGGGGCUGCCUGGCAGUGUGGGCUGUGGCGCCAGCUGGGUGGCCCGCAGUGAGGAGGAGUAUGUGGAGCUGGCGGCGGCGCACGCAGCCAACUUCCAGGCGCUCGCGGACCUGCGAGCUGGCCUGCGCGGCCGAAUGUUGGCUAGCCCAAUGUGCGACGCCCCGUCUUUCAUCCUCAGAUUGGAGGGCGUGUAUAGGGGGCUGUGGCGCCGCCACUGCGCCCAGAUGCUAGGCGAUGCCGCGGCGGCGGCGGCCGCGGCGCGCUCGGUGGGGAUUGACCUGUCGCGGCGUCGCGGCACCUGAGGCUGAGGCGCCGUAAAGCUGUGGGUUUGGGGGAUGGCGGUGGCGGUGUUGGGGAUGCGGCACACCUGAAUUGUGAGUGUUUACAGACGCAAUAAGGGCGCGGCGGGUCUGGGGUCUGGGGAUGGCCGUCUGCGUGUCAGGUGUGUGUGCGCCCAAAGCAUUGGAAAGCGGAGUGCUCGUUGGAUUGAUGAGUGGAGUGCGGUUUUCACCCUUGUUGACGCCGGCGUGUUUGGGUUCUGGCCCAGAUGCUCGCGACUUCUGGCGGCAAGUGGCAGGCCUGGUUGUACUCACAGCCUCCGUUUGCUUCUGUUGGAACCGGUAUGCGUUGGGUGUCCAGCAAUCACUCUAUGCUCAAGGCCUGAACUGUACUGUAGUCGGUACCAGGGCAUUGCGGGGGGCCUGGGCAGAUGAGUACGUGGGGGGUUCCGCGCAUUCAUGAACCGGGAUGCAGAAGCAUUCUGGUUGCAAGUAAGACGCCCCCUCUCCGAUGUUAGCUAUUCAAGCAGCAGCAAAGGUGGCGGUGAUAUGAGAGUCAUGUAAAUGCGGCGUGGAGGGAACUUGAAUGGAGCGGAUUGUGUUGGAAUAUCAGCCAUGGUCCCGAAGUGUGUGGAGCAUUCUGGGAUGCAUGAGCAACGCGGAUGGAUGUUUAUAAACCCGGCUUGGCGGCAAUUGAAUGUUUAUGGAGCCGGCUUGGCGGCAAGCAGUAUGGGCAUUCGUUUUUGUGCACCUAGGCCCCUUGCAGGGCCCUAGAGGGCACAGUUGGGAAGUGCAAGGGCUGCAAAAACAACAGGCCGUAGCAAAUGAUAUGGGAUUGUCUUGUCAUGGGCGCAUUCGCCCGCGUCGUCGAAAGCAUUUGGUGGGGUGAAGAACGUGCCUCGGGUACGUAAGUGUGUGGAAAUGCCGCGACGUGUGUGUUGCAGCUCGCAAGGCCUACGCGUGCUGAGGCGGCCGCAGCGGCUGCGAAGACAGCAAUGGAAAUAUUGGGGGCUAUCGUGCCGUGGAAAGCCAGGUAAGCAACUAGGAAGCAGGACUGCACGCCAUGCAAUGUAGGACGAAGAUUGAGGAUUGGGAUUGAGUUGCGUGCUGAGUGCUGGGGCUUGUGCAAUGGCGGACAGAGAUUUUACUGGAUGCGAGUGGAAUACGAAGACCAGGAGAGGUGUGCGAGAGGCGAAUGCGUGGGGCAGGUGAGGAGCGAUGCGGUUACGCGUAUGUCGCGCAUUGUGUGAAGUUGGAAGGUCAGCAGCUGCUGCUGCUGCAGUGGCCUCUCUGCGAGGCUGAGAUCUGUUGUUGAAUGUGUGUGCGGGCUUCCGAUGUGAGGUAGGUUUUGUCCUGCAACAGACCCGAUGCUCACCCCACCUCCCCGGCUGAUUGUACGGCUGGCAUGAUGCUUGCGCGUCGCUGGUGUGACGGCGGCUGCAUGGGCACCAAAUGAUGCGGUUCAUCAUGCUGUAGACUUACUUAGGUGGAGGUGAUGGUGGUGGCCAGGGAAUAAGGGGUGGUUGGCAGGGCUGGAGACGGGGCCCCCGCGCGGGCUUGGGCUAGACACGUCUAAAGCGCGUGUAUAUAUGUACGCAUGCAGCCGCUCUAGCUUGUAGGGCGCCGUAAGUCCCUCGAGUGGUCAUAACUAUUGCCUUGCCUUCGUCUUGCUCGAUGUACGGGGAAGUGAAUUACGAUGUAUCGUACCAAGGAUGGGGGAGCAAGGCGUGAGAUGGGCUGGCGCCCGGUGUGCGGCCAGAGUACGGUAGCAUUCAACCAUACAAUGGCCUUGCAUGUACAUGUUGUUGCAUGUACAGGCGUGGGCGGCGGCGGCGCUGGAGCCACGCGCUGAUGCUCAAAUGCCGGCGGUGCGCGUGGAAAUCACGAGCUUGCCUUACAGCAGACACGCACUGCAAUGAGCAUGGAAGCCCAGGGGAUCUUUGUAGACUCAUUCAUACCCCACCCAUGUCCAUGUAAGUUUUCGCACUU